GGAAAGGCUUUUGGAUAUCCUACUAUGAAUUGUUUAUAAUACGUAGUCUAUUUCUUCACGCUAGGAAAAGCUGGAGGAGUGCCUAAAGCAGUUAAAGGAGGAAAGAGUAAUAAGGCUUAAGGCUGAUAAACGAGUCAGUGAGCUGGAACAUGAAAAUGCCCAUUUAAGAAAUACAAAUUUCUCUUUGUCCGAAGCCUUGCAUGCACAGUCAUUGACAAGCAUGAUCCUGGAUGAUGAAGGUGUUUUGGGCAGCAUUGGGAAUUCUUUUCAGAAGUUCCAUGCUUUCUUGGACCUCCUUAAAGAUGCUGGGCUUGGGCAGCUUGCCACAAUGGCUGGUAUAGAUCAGUCAGAUUUUCACUUACUAGGUCGUCCCCAGAUGAAUUCUACUCUUAGUAGUCUGCCUAAGGAAGAGAAGAAGGCCCUUGAAGAAGAAAAGCCAGAAUCAAAGCAGAACCCCGUAGGACAGAUGCAAAAUAUCCAAGUUUCUAUUUGUAUGCAGUCAGCUUACAAUGAAGGAACACUAAUGAAGGUACAAGUACUGAUACAGAUAAUUUUUAUAAAUAAGUAAUCCAGACAUAACUAAUAGUGUAUAAUAGUUAACCUCCCAGUUAUGGGAGCAAGAGGGGACAACCCGUCUGCUUUUCUCCUGGCCUGCCUUGAACCUUCCCUUCAUCUCCCAUCUCAGCCGACCUCAGACAGUCUUGGGAACUGAUAGCUUGAGAACAGUCUCGUCACAAAUUGGAUACUGCUUACAUGUUCCUGGAGGAUAGAAAAGAAAUUAAUUUUCUUAAGGAAUAGGGCUUUAUUAUUUUUAAUGAGGGAAAGGGAAGUGGGCAAUAAUCAUCCCAAACACAAAAUGUGAAAAUGUAGUAAACGUUGCCUUGGAUAUAGUGAAGUUAAGUUGCGAAUCAACUGGCAAGUUAUAAUUAGAAAAAAACUGGAUUAAUCAACUGACUGUCUUAAUAACAAGAUCACAGAGUAGCAUUGAAGUCAUGGACUCUACUUUUUAAUGGCUGGCUUUGUUCAUCACUGAAUUUUUGUUUUGUCUUCUUUUGUUUUUCCCUCCAG